AUGCAGUCCAGGCCGCCUUCUGGUUACUUUGGUUUCUCCAAUUCUUUUGGCCUUCUCUGGUAUCAUCUGGUUCUUCAAGCCUCCUCUCUUGUGCUAAUAUAUUUUUAUACUUCAAGUUUUUGGCUCUUAUCUGUCUUUCUUUUCUCUCUAUUUCAUCUCAGUUCUGGUGAUCUUCUUGCCCAGAAAUCUCAUAAAUCUUUUUGUUAUCUUUCGGCUUGUACAGUCCUGGAAAACCCUCAGUUUCAGUCUUUGUUGUGGAUGUGUAUGAGCUACCUGUUGGCUUCAAUCUGGCCCUCGCUUUUGUCCAACUUCUGCCAAAAUCAUGGCUAUUUACAGGCUCUGUGCUGGAUGACUUUUCGCUUUUAUUCUGGAUAUCCUCUUGCUCUAAUCGGACCUUCUUCAAUGAUCUGUAUCCAUGAUUUAUUUUGGCUUUCAUUUAACUCCGUGUUUUGGCUCUAAUCUGGCUCAGUCUAAAUCAUGGUUAUGUAUCCUCUUUCUCUGACUUUGUCCUAGUUUUCCAGCUAUACAAGCUUGUAUUUUUUUCAGCGGUUUAUGCCUCACAGCACCAAACUGACCCUUUGUUCCCAUCCUGAGCUCAAUCCAGCUUUGUCCAGGUCCAGUUAGUUUAAACCCCUCAAAGUUUAGCACUUGCUCGUGUUACGAAGAGGAGGGAGGAUCUGUUAUUUCUGAGAGUUGCAGGGGGUCUCAGAUUUGUUGAGCAGAGUGUGAGGGUGGGCGUUUGGUUUGAGUCGGUUUUAUAUUUUUAUGGAUCACCGAGGAGGUCCAGAGUGAUUCAAGCUCAAAGAAAACAAAUGACAAACAGAUCCGACCUGAACUGUUGACAUCUAAAUCUCCCUAAUGUUUGUUUUGUUCAGCCCAAAGUACAAAUUUCAAUAUCACCAAAAAGGAUCAAUGGGUCAAAAAGGUACAAUAUUCAAAAAUAAAACAUGCAACCUCAUUUUUUUUAAAAGAGGAACCAUUGAAUAACUUUAUUUUAUGAUAAACAGUUUCAAUUGUGAUUAUUAUUGUUGGAGACUGGCCGAUCCACUCAUUUACACCUGAGCGCUUGUUUUGUGGAAAUCUUUCUCUGUCAUUUAAAAAAAACGUUAGAGGUUAAAUCUGUCAAGAAGACUAACAAACACACACUUCACUAACUCUCAGUUCACCCUCACCGUCACGAGAUGUCGCCUUUUCUCGAAAAAUCGCUUAACUAAAUUGCAAGUCAUUCGCUUUUGGUUACUAAUUUUAUUCCCUUUGCGGCUUCCGUAGUAACACAAACAACAUGGUGUCCGACAGUGACAGUGAAGAGGAUUUCGUGAAUUAUGGGACUCCUCUGGAGCCUCUGGAAGAAGGUAAAGACAUUUAAACCCUCUGUAGUUUACUAAAGUUUAACUGCAAACCGGUGUGCUUUUGCCUUUUUGGAGAAAUUAACCCUAACGUCUUCAACGGCCACAGAGCUAACGGCAGCUAGCUAACAAGCUCUGGUGUUUCACCAAACUUCAUUCAAAUUAUUGUUGAUUUUAUUUUAUUUUUCACAGCAGACGCAAAGACAUCUUAGUAGAUAUUGUAUUCAUAUCACUAUAAAAGCUGAAUUUGCCGCAUGAUAAUCCGGCUAUAGUUAUCAUUUAUACAAACUAACUACUUAAUAGAAAGGUCAAGUUAUGUUGGCUAAUGGUUAAAAUUUACAGUACUUAUAAUCAUAAAACUAAAAUUUACAAAGUGUGAUGUAUUUACUGAGAGAUUCGUCAGAUUCAGGACAAUCAGUGAAGUGUUUCCCACUGUUUGGCUACUGUUAUUGUCUCUUUGAAAUGAAGUGUGCAUCUCAGUGGUUAUCUUCCUGUAUUUGUAGAUGAGCCUUUAAAGAAACCCAUCCCUCUACAUGAGCAGACGGUGAAGGAUGAGAAAGGUCGAUAUCAGAGGUUUCAUGGAGCCUUCACUGGAGGCUUCUCAGCCGGUUAUUUCAACACUGUUGGCUCUAAAGAAGGUCAGUGCUGCAACAUAUUAUACUGUAACACCUGUUGUCUUCAACAUACUGUACCUGUAUAAAGAUUUUAACAUGAAUAUAAAUGUCCUGAUUUCUACUACUACAUUAUUAAUCUGUCUUUGAAUGUCAGUUUUUAUAUUUUUCAAAAAAAAUAAGUGUUAUUAUUGUCAUUAUAAAACUUGUAAUUACUGUGCCAAUCUGCAGGCUGGGCCCCGUCAACCUUUAAGUCCUCACGCCAGCAAAAAGCUGAGAAACAUAAUGCUAGACCAGAGGAUUUUAUGGAUGAGGAGGUGAGUGAUUCGCUGUAAACUGUCCAUGCGGCGCAGACUUUACUUUGUCAAAUAAGAAUGCAGAUGGCGGAUUCUUGCAGAUAUUUUCUAACACAUUUGGGCCAAUACUGAUAUAUUUACAGAUAUAUUUAUUUCUUUUUCUUAGGGUUGAUUAUGAUAAAUUGAAGUUGUUUGUUUGUUUGUUUUGCGUCAUGCAUCAGGACUUCAGCGAACACGGCAUCGCUCCCAGAGAGAUCACCACCAGUCAGGAGUUCUCGUCCAGUCGCAGAGAUGCGGUCCAAGAAAAAGCGAGAGCUGUCAACGCUCAGGCGGCGCUGAUCCCUGGAGACACUCUGCUGGAGGAGCUCAUCGCACCUGCCAGGUAACAAGGGACACCCUAGUGAGUGAGUGUAGUUAAGGUGAGGUUGAGCACCCUCUAAGGUGUGUUUGUUUUGUCUCUCAGGUUGUCCAUCGGGGUGGAGCUGCUGAGGAAGAUGGGCUGGAAGGAGGGUCAGGGUGUCGGGCCUCGUGUGAAGAGGAAAGCUCGCAGACAGCAGACCGGUACGAGAAUGUGACUUUGAGUUUGAGCAUUCAUAAUAACAUUCAUAUUCUUAUCUUUGAAAGAGACGCUUGCUUUUCCUUUUUCCCUCCCUUUCUCAAAUCUGUAAAAAUGUGUCUAUUCAUCAGAUCUUGUGCACUUUUUUCUUGUAUCUUGACUCCUGUAUCUUUAAAAUUUUCAUUUCCUGUUGACAGACAGGGGUGCCAGACCGUACGGCUGUGCUCUGCCCCCUGCUGGAUCAGAGGACUCAGAGGUGGGUGACACAGUUGCUGCCUCUCUAAGCGUGGUCUUGGUGCAUGUCUCUUUAAACACCAUUGAGCUCCUUCUCACCCCGCCCCUCUCUUCCAUUGGUUGUGUCUGCUGUGCUGUUAGACUCCUCAUUAUUGUAGAUAUAAAAACGUUUUAUGUCUCACUUCUUUAUGCAGGACGGUGAUGAUGACGAUGAAGAGUUUGCUCCAGAAAACGUCACCUUUGCACCAAAAGACGUGAUUCCAAUAGACUUCAAUCCUAAGGAGGGGGUUCAGGGGCUUGGGUACCGCGGCCUGGACCCAAGCCUGGCGCUGCUGGGAGGGGGAGCUUCUGAACACAUCAACCUCUUCAGACCGCAGUCUGAGAGCAGGAGUCAGCUGUUUGGAGGAGCACAGAGGGGCUCACGGAGAGGAGGCGUGGCCGGACAGGUGAGCAGCAGAACGCUUUGAGUUUUGACAGAAGAAGAAAAGGUUUGUGUUUUAACGCCGUGCGACCACUGGUGACCUUCGAUCUGCAGGCGUUUGGCGUGGGGGCUCUGGAGGAUGAUGAUGAAGAUGUUUAUCACCGAGACUCCAUGUCCAGAUAUGACACAGUGCUGGGAGGAGAGGAGCCUGGGGACGGCCUGUACGGCUGGACGGCUCCGCAGCAGUACAAGAAAAAAGGAGGUAACACCACCUGGAAAAACCUGGAGAGUUCUGGAAAGUUUGUGAAUUUUUGAACUAGAGGAUUAGGUCUAAAAUUGAGGAUUACAUAAUCUGACUUCUCUAGCUCAAGAUGGAGUUCAUAGAUUUCAAGGUGAACUGAUAUUUCAGAUCCAUCACUUCCUGUAUUUUACUCUCUGAUACAUAUCGACCUUUAUUUUUUUUAACAGAUCAUAAAAAGUAGAAAACAAAAAAGAGAUGAGAACCUUGUGAGGUCAUAGAAGAUGAAGAAUUAGCCUAAAUAAAGUCAGUUUUUUAAAACAGAUCUGUCAGGAUCGAGCCAUCGUGUAAACCAAAGUUUAAACUUCACAAAAUUUACAUUUUCAUACAGAUACUUUAUUGAAAAAGAGAGUUUUUAAAGAGUCUUGGACAAGAAAACACUCACCCUGAUUUCUUUUGUUCCAGAAAAAAACAAAGACGCUGCUUAUCUCGGCAAAAUCCUGGAGGGGUUCACUCUGGCCCAGAAACCACCCGAGGAAAAAACUGUGAGAGUCUUUAAACUUUUACUCACCUGUUACUGACCUUAGACUGUUUGUUAAAAUAGAAGCUGUACGUGUUCACUGACUGUGAAGCCUGAAGAUGGAGGGCUCCCCCUGCUGACCGGCUUCAGUACAGUUAAUAAUCCCCGCCUCUUGAAUGGUAACGCUGAGUUAUUUACAUGUUAGGCACAGAUACAAUGUACAUGAAAAAAAGGCAGGAAGGCUGAGGAGCAGGUCCACACAAACAUAAACUCAAAAGUCUCAUAUUUACUGAAGAUGUUGCAGAGGUGAUGUCUGAUAAGUUCUGACGUGUAACAUGAUCGUGUCGUCUGUAGAUCUUCCCUCCUCCUGAUCUACCUCGAGACUAUCGUCCCGUCCAUCGUUUCCGUCCACCAGUUGAUGUUUCCACUCUGGCUGGUGUCAGUCCUGCUCUGGCUGAGGCUCUGAGGACGUCCAGGGGCCACAUGGUCAAAGAGGAGCCUCAGCAGGGGGGGCGUCACCAGCUGGACUCUGACCAGAGGAGGGCGCUGCUGGGAGAAGAUACUCUGCAAGGUAGAAAUUAAUGUCACUGUCAGCUGAUCAUCGACUAAUGAAAAUACAGAAUGACAUUCAGAGAUUUGGAGAUUAAAGUGAUUAAGAUCGAGAAAAGAAAGUAGUUGUUUAAUUUUCAGUAAGGAUAUAAAAAAAAAAACUCCUUUAACUUUAAACUGCUGAAUAAUCCAGACAGGCAGAAAUGGGAUUGAAGAUUUGUUUGAUCUAAUAAAUCUACAGAAAACCAUCUUCUCCCUCUUUUUGUCUUCAAUCUGGGUCAGGACCCAGUUCAGUCAUGGAGCUGCUGAGGCCUGAGGACAGGGAGCGACUUCAAAACCUGCGAACCUCCUCCAGUGUUUCCUCCACAAAACCCCCAACCCCAAUUUCCCAGGAAGCCUUGCGAUCAGCUGUGACAUUGGCCGGAUCAUUGGCUGCAAAGGCAGCUGGUUCAUCUGACCUCAAGCAGCAGGAGGAGGCUCUGGCAGCCUGGAGGGGAGUCCAGACCACCUCCCAGUCCUUCAAACCGUUCGAGAAGAACCCCAGCAAACAGGCCCGGUAUGAGAUGUACCUGAACCAGCUGAAACAGGGAGACAAAGGUGAGACACUUCCUCCAACAUCAUCCACAGCACAUAUGUUGACUUAUGGCUUCAUGUGGUGUCAAAUUUAGAUCCAGAUUAAACUCCCACCUUGUCUCUGUGUGUCUAAGACGCCUUGGAGCAGAGUUUGGACCCGGGGCUGACAGAGUGGGAGCGCAGCCGUGAAAGGGAUGAGUUUGUCCGAGCCUCCAUCCUGUACAGACCCAGCUCCUCCUUUCUCUCCUCCCGCUUCACUCGAGGAAAACAUGAGGAGGACGAGGACAGUGUGGAGGUCAGCCGAGACGAGGAGGUACGGGGACAAGUCUACAUUUGUUUGUUUGAAAGGAUUGUCCUACAUUUCCCACAAUGCACCUGAACAUGAGUUGUGAGAUACUUAAGAGGGACUUUUUUCUUCGUAGAUUGAGUCGGUUUUGUUUCAUGUUUCUUUGUUCUGUUAUCAGGGUGACGUGGACGACAAACAGGCUGCCGUUCAGAUGAAAAUGUUCGGAAAACUAACCAGAGAAACGUUUGAGUGGCAUCCUGACAAACUGCUCUGCAAGAGGUUCAACGUCCCCGACCCGUACCCCGGGUACGUCACUCUGUUGUCCGAUCCUGAUUGGAUGUUUGUGUUGCUGUUCAGUCUGGCUCUCAUAAGCAGCCAAAUAACAAGAUCACUCUGACUGUUGUUGAUCUCACAGAUCCGGUACGGUCGGUAUGCCGAAAGUGAAGAGGGACAAGUUUUCGGUCUUUAACUUCCUGACUGUGACUGAGACCAGAGACACAUCAGGUAAACUCCCUCUGUGUGUUAAAAAGUUAAAUCGGACAAUCGUCAUCGGUUCCUCAAAUUUCUGUCAUUUUUUUUUAAAUAUUGUAGUGGAUCUGUGUCGGGAUGGAAAGUUACUACAUUUAGUUUUUGUGUACUAAGCAGUUUUUCAAAUCAGUACUUCCACAUUUCUCCAAGUAUUUUCUGCAGCAAGAAUCGCACUUCAUCAUGUUUUACAUAAAAUCAGUUACUGCAAAAAAAAAAUUUCAAAAAUCACAAAAAAAAAAAAAAACAGACAAGCUUUCAGUCAGCUGACCGGAUGAUGUCCACACUACAAAAAAACACAAACAGUGAGUUUGUCUGAACUAGUUAGAGUAGCUCAGUACACUGACGUGACCCAAAAAGUCCAAAUAUGAAUCUGUAGAUUCAGAGAUUUCAAACCAACAUUUUCUCGGUGUACUAAAAUAAACAUAACAUCUUAAUUUUUACUCGUUACAUCCUCUUCCUCUUACGGCGCCGACACACCAAACGCAGGUCUACGCCUCUGAUUAUUCCCCGUCGUUCAUUCACUGUGUUGGUGUUUUGAUGAGCCGGACAGAGCUGCAAUUUUUCGUCCAUCAUAAUGACAAAAUCCCACCCCAAAUGUAAACAGCGGUGAACUAUAAAGUAAACACACAUUCAGGCAGUUUGGUGUGUCAGUAUUCUCAUAACAACAAUCCUGUUUGCACAACUAUUUACAGGAGUGAGCGAUGACCAUCUGACAAAAAGAUACUGUAAAAAUAUUCGUUUACUCCACCCUGGGUGAUCAACACGACUCCUCACACUCAUGUUUUGGUUGUAGUACUAACAGGUAGUUUGAGGAAAUGUGUUUUAUUAUAUCUUACGGAAUAUUAGGUCCACUUUAAAGAUUUGGAUAAUGAGGUGGUUAUGAGUUGAAGUCGUGAGAAAAUGUCAUUAUCCAAAAAAAGUCAGAGUAUUAUAAAAAGGACAAACGUAUUUUAUGAGACUAAAAUCAUAUUGUUACGAGAAGUCUUAAUCUUACAAAAACAGAGUUGAUAUGUUAUAAGAAUAAAGGGCUAAAGUGUUAGUUUUGGUUGAGGGUGAGAGGGAUGAUGAAGUUUUGUCUCCUCAGAUCCACAUCAGGACUCUGAACGGACUCAGCAGAAAGCUGAGACGUGUUUUAUCCUCCUUUUAAAACAGCGUUAUGAGUCUGUGUUUGAUGAUGCUAAAAGCAGUCAAAGCUUCAUGUUGAAGAGUGGAGCCUGUUUUGAUCUGAUCAGGUGUGACAUGAGGGUUAACCUCCCCCUCUUCCUCCUCAGCUCCUCCAAAGGCUCCAGAGUCCGGGAAGAAGUCUCGCUGGGACGUCUCAGAGCAGAAAGAGGAGAAGAAGAAGGACGACCCACUGAGUGAGCUCCUCAGCGCCGCAAGGAAUCAAAGUGAGACCAAACAGACAAACACCUCCAUCCUGGCUUUACCUUCCUCCACCAACACCAACCAUCAAACUCCAGACGACAGAGCGGAGGAGGUGAGUCCUAAAACACAAGACUGAACUCUCUGUGAACCUUCAGGUCAUUGUGGAGAUCUGACCUCCUGCUCUUGUUGUUAUAAAGUCUGCAGAACAGGAGAAAGCCAAAGAAGGUGAUCAAGAGGAAGAGGAGGAGGAAGAAGAGAGCAGGCCUCCCAUGGAUCUAUUCAAGGCCAUAUUUGCCAGCUCCUCUGAUGAAAAAUCCUCGUCUUCAUCAGAGGGAGAGAGCGAUGAGGAGGAGGAGGUCAAGGAGAAAAAAGAGGAUGAGGUCCAAGCACAGAACCUCUUCAAAAUCCCCUCCUCCUCCUCUGCUGUCUCCUCCUCCUCUGCCACCUCCUCCUCCACAACAACAACAACAACAACAUCCAACACCACAUCCAGCCAGCAGACAGGUAGGAUCCACCAAGACCAAGUUAACCAUGUAUUUGUUUUAUCAGGUUCAUGUGAGAUCCACCAGGUUCAGCCCAGAUUAUCGUCAGAAAGUAAUUUAACAUCAGUCUUAACUAUAAAUAUAAUUCUGACUCUGAACUUUAUAUUUUGACCAAAGUGGCUUAUAGACAAAACAGUUUAAUCAUAUAUUAGCUUAUUUUACACCAAUAAUCAAAAACUGCAUCAGGUCUGUUAUCACCUUUACCUGAGGUAGACGUUAAAUUCAGAUAUUUCCUUUUUUGUGUUUCUUUAAAGUCGUGACAUCAACUAAGAAUUCGACACAUGAAGAAGAAGAGUUCGGUCCAAAGCUGCCGCCUCCUUCAGCCGCUCUCGGUGAGUCUGCAAACAUGUCUCUUCAGCAUUAAUAUAUAAAUCCACAAAGGCAUUAAUAAGGUUCUCCACAGUAUUGAUACUAUUAAUAGGCUCUACCUGUUGUUUCCCUGUUCAGCCACUAGAGGCUCCACCUCCAUCUUCUCCCUCCCUGAGAAGGAGAAAUCGAGCAAAAGGAGCAAAGACAAGAAACACAAGAACAAAAAGCAGCACAAACACAAGAAGGAGAAAAAGGUCAGUCAAAGUGUCUUUCCUCAGGCUGUUUGGUUCCUCUCUGUAGACUUCAAUAACAUCUUUAUAUUCCUGCAGAAGAAGAAACACAAGAAGCACAAACACAAAGUGAAGCAGCAGAAGAAGAGCAAGAAGGAGACGUCUGAGAGCAGCUCAGAGGGGAGUGAGGAGGACAGCGAUGGAGAGGAGAAGCAUGUGUCAAGUGAAGAACUGCUGAAAAGGUCAGAGACUUCACAAAUGUGACAGAAACAUCAAAGAAGACGUUGAUAUUACCAUUAUUAUUAUUGUUAUUAUUAUGUUUUAAGACCUUAAAUAAAAGGAUGAGGUAGUCUGGUCAAUGUUACUCAUCUGUAUAUCUGGUAUUCAGUGAUUUUAGUACCUUAUAUAUAUAUAUGUCUUUAUGUUUAAAGCAGCUGACCUCAGACUGAUUUCUCCGUGUUUGUUGUCCCCAGAUUGAAGAGUAUCAAAUCACAGCAGACCUGGUAA